UUGAGUGAGACAGUUGUUUUCUCCUCUGCACGACUGCAGCGCCUCUUCAGCCGUCGGAAAAAAAUUUCGCUGCCAUCCAGCACAUCGUGGCUGUGUGGCGGCCAGUCAAGAUAACAGAAGUGGUAACUUGUGGUUACCGCUCUCUGCGCUCUGGCAACGUCGACAAGUGUUUCAUUCAAAUUACAAAAAAAAAUAAUAAAACAUCGCGCAGAAACUGACGAUUCAAAUUCUCCAAUUUCAAUCAAAAUAACUAAAAUCAGCCGCUUAACUGAUGAUUGUGAAGUAAAUUUGAAAUAUAUUUUUCCGAAAAUAUGAAGAUACCGUGUGGACUGAUGGACUGAUAAAUGUAGCCGACUGUGAAAACUAAUUAAUCAGUUUGGGUGACGAAAUUACACUAAUUGAUACGAAAAUUAAGAGUGAAGUCUCGUUGAAUUAAAAUGUUCUCCGACGGUCAUGAGGUGGACGGCAGCUGGGUACUGCGCGUCUACGUUACGGAUUUACAAGUUGAGAGGAGUCUUAGGGUCAAGGGGGACCUGCAUAUUGGUGGAGUUAUGCUGAGACUCGUCGAGGAUCUCGACAUCGCAAUGGACUGGUCGGACCAUGCACUCUGGUGGUCCGAGCGAAAUUACUGGUUAACCAGAACCCGCAGUACCCUGGACCAAUACGGAGUUGCUGCUGACGCUUUAUUACACUUCACGCCAAUGCAUAAAACCCUUCGUGUACAGCUGCCGGAUAUGCGAUGCCUCGACUGUCGUGUUGAUUUUUCCGUAAAGACUUUCAACGCAGUUAUAAAUCUGUGCAAGGAACUCGGGAUUAGGCAUCCUGAGGAGUUGUCGUUCUGCAAGCCACUGGAGCCACAUCACCUCAAAUGCAACUUGAAGGAUUUGUCGGCUAAGAAGAAGAUUGAGAACCAGAGGAAUGGCCAGUGGAAUGUUCCUGCGGACACCAAUACCUUUAUACCGGUCACGCAGAGCCCCAAGGGCUCCAACAGCAGUCUCGAGCAGAACAGCCCGUUUCUCUGCGCACCGGUGACACCGAACAACAGAAAUCACAGCACUCCGAUCAGCUCUCCAGUCACACACACAGGCACAUGGAAGCGCAACAACAACUCUUCGGGUUUCGGCAGCACUGGCUCGUUCAACGCAAACAACAGCACAAUGUCUCUGGAGGCAUUGAACGGUGGAUUAUCCGAGUCCCUGGCGCAGAGCCCCGCCUCCGUAUCACCGGACAUUCGGUCGAAAUUAAUCCGCCCGAAGAGCUUAAUUGAACGUGCGAGGAUGAAUGUCGCUUGGCUAGACUCAUCGCUCUCGAUAAUGGAACAGGGCAUUCGUGAAUUCGACACACUUCGUCUCAAGUUCAAGUUCUACUCGUUCUACGAUCUUAAUCCAAAAACCGAUGCUGUGAGGAUAAAUAUGAUUUACGAACAGGCAAAGUGGCAACUACUCGCCGAGGAAAUUGAUUGCACCGAGGAGGAGAUGCUCAUGUUUGCGGCACUUCAGGUCCAGGUGAACCUCCAGGCGAGCGUUCCCCAGCCCAACUACGAGACGAAUGGCACGUCAUCACCGGUAGAGGACGAUAUCGACGCUGCCCUGACGGAUCUCCAGGUGACAUUGGAGGGCAGCAGCAUCAGCAACGGCUCCUGCAAUAUAAUGGAGGUGCCUGAGCUCUGCGACUACCUCCGCUUCUUCAAGCCCAAACGAUUCACCCUCAAAGCCUACAAGAGAUACUGGUUCACCUGUCGUGAUUUACAGCUGAGAUUGUAUAAAACCAGGGAGGAGAGCAACAGCUCAGAGCCACCUGCUCAUGUCAUUAAUCUACGUGGGUGUGAAGUCACACCUGAUGUCAAUCUCUCUCAGGGACGUUAUGGGAUUAGACUCGAAGUGCCCAGCGCUGAUGGCAUGACGGAGAUGUGGAUCAGAUGUGAAACUGAGCAACAAUACGCGAAAUGGAUGGCAGCCUGUCGCCUAGCAGCCAAAGGGCGUUCCCUAGCGGAUUCCUCAUACGAAAGCGAGGUGAACAGCAUAACAGCUUUCCUCCAGCUGCAGCGACCGGCCCCAGCCCCAGCAAUAAGUCCCAACUCCCUCGACAUAAUCCCCGAGGACUACGUGGCCCCCAGAUUCGCGAAGAAGCUCAAGGGAAAGCUCGUGCAAAGAAUCCUGGAGGCUCACGCCAACGUCAAGGACCUUCCCCUCGUCGAAGCAAAGUUGAAUUACAUAAAAGCCUGGCAAUCCCUCCCUGAGUAUGGCAUCUCCCUCUUCAUCGUCAGGUUCUCACCGAAGACCAAGGACGAACUCCUGGGGAUUGCCAACAACAGAUUGAUGAGGAUGGAUCUGCACAGUGGGGAUCACCUCAAGACCUGGAGAUACAACACCAUGAAGGCGUGGAACGUCAACUGGGAGGUGAAGCACAUGAUGGUGCAGUUCGAGGAGGAGAACAUCAUCUUCGAGACGCAAUCAGCUGACUGCAAAGUCGUUCAUGAGUUCAUCGGGGGGUACAUCUUCCUCUCGAUGAGGUCCAAGGAGGCCAAUCAGACUCUCAACGAGGAGAUGUUCCACAAGUUGACUGGGGGGUGGGUGUAAACCCCCUCCACUCACGAGAAUGGCUUUUCUUUUUGUACAUAAAGAUGUCGGGGGAGUCUUCCGGUGGAUCCAAUCAAUAUUCGUGUCCACCGAUUAUUUAUGUAAAGUGCCUAAUACCUGAGUACGUGGAUAGGAGGUACCCUAGUGCCUGCAAUUACUAUUCUUUGUCGAAUGAUUGAUUUGUCAAUCGAGUUAGUUGGAGUUGUCGUGUGGUAUAUCAUGAUGAAUAUGGAGUACGAUACGUGUGUCUAAAGAAUUUUAUUUUAAUAUUUUAACGAGAAUUUUUUUACUAUUUUAAUUUAACGAUUUCAGGCCGGGAAAUGAGGUCUCGAUUUUUUUUUGAGCUUUUAUCUGAGGGUCACUGCUGCAGGCUCUGGUGGGUGUUCUACGUCACAAGGUGCUUACCUGCAGCAGUUGAAUAUUUUAUCGAUGUAAACUGUAAAUUAUUGGUUAAUGUGAGAGCAAUGUUUUAUUUUCUUUUCACUUAUCAUCCGUUAUUCAUUAUUCAUCGAUUUUAAUGCUUCUACUUAUUAUUCGUAUGUAAAUUUAACCAAAAAUUAUACAUGAAAAAUUCUAGUUUUGUAUAUUAUAUAGAUAAUAGUUGUAUAAUGAAGAUUAAUAUUAUUCGAAAAUUGA